AUGCCUGUCGGAGGCACCACGUGCUGGGAAGAGACCUCACAGUGGGCACUGGAGGCGCGCUCCAAGGUCACGCUGCCUGCGGCCUCUGCCGCCGCCGCCGCGGCAGCCAAGCGCAAGAACUCGCUGGCCAGCGUGCUACGCGACGCAGAAGUGGCUCUCAACCACAGUGCCAGAGAGGUGGACUACGUGCUGGUCUACGAGUGCGACGAUGUGAGUCGGAGCUACCAGGAGGCCGAGUGGGAGUUGCAUCGACACUACCGCGAGCUCUACGAGAACGCCAUGCGCAGCGAGGGGCUGCAGAUGGACCAGGAGCACAUCGGCGAGUACGUCUUCCUCAAGGUGCACUGCCCCGUGCAGAGGCUCUGCCAGGAGGCCGAGAACGUGCGCCUGGACCUGCCACUAGACGGCCUUCUCAUCGAAGAAACCGAAGACGACGAAGAACAGCAAUGGAUACACGAGAAAGUAGCGGCAAUGUUCGACAUGGGUGUAAACUACGUGUGUAUUCCUUUUCCUUUUUGUAUCCCAGCACGGACACUCAGUGCCCCAUUCCAAUGCCGGUGCAAAGACUGGUUUUUCGGUGGAAAAGAGCGAUCAACCUACUUUCGAUCAUCCGUGCGGUGCCUUUUGGUAAGCGACAGAACGCGCUCACUGACGCUGCUAUCAGCUUUUAUACGAAUGCACAAAUAUUUGAGAGAAGUACCUGUAUCUUCAAAAGCGUUAAGACUUGGGCAGCGUAAAAGGGAAGCCUUAUGUUUUACUAGGACAUUUCUACUCAGUAUUAUAUUGCACAUAGGUCAAAAGUGCGUGGCUUUCUCAGUUACUCACCACGUACUUACGAACAUCGACAUUGCCAAAGACGAAACUACGAAUCCUGCAGAGUUCCACAAAAAGAAAGGGCUCUCGUACCUGCUGAUGAAGAACGUGUACCUGGACGCAUUCGUGGUCCACGAGAGGUCUACGCUGGAGCCCGUGUGGGUGCCGGGCGAGGCGGUGCCUCCUCGGCCACAGCCCCUGUCCGCCCUCAAGGUGACCGACUCGGUGCACGUCCUCGACGACGACCGCUUCUCGCCCAUGGCGCCGGCCGCCGCCGCCGCCGCCGGGGACACGCGCGCCGCGCUGGACCACCAGUGGCGCAAGCUGGUGGGCGGCCAGCCGCUGGACAGCAUCCGGGACUAUUUCGGGGAGAAGAUCUCCUUUUACUUCGCUUGGGUGGGCACCUUCAUCGCCUCCCUAGUCGUCCCCGCCGUCAUCGGCCUCGGCGUCUUCUUCUUUGGCGUCAUCGAGAAGGACCAGGAAAGGGAUUCAUUUCCAGGCGCACGAAGCAGGCGCACGAAGGGUGCAACUGCUUUUCAUGCUGACGUGAACGCCAUCAUCUACACCGUGGACGUCAUCAAGGCUGCCGGUGACACCUUCCUCACACCCUUCUUCGCUUUCACGGUCUGCCUGUGGGGCACCGUAUUCCUGGAGAUAUGGAAGCGGCGCCAGGCGUCGCUGGCCCACCGCUGGAACGUGGACCACUUCUCGGCCGAGGAGCCCGAGAUGCCGCAGUACUACGGCACCGUCGCAGUGCGGGACCCCAUCACGGGCGAGCUCAGCUGGCACUACCCCAUGUCGCACCGCAUCGCCAAGUACUGCUGCUCGGUGGGAUUCUUCGUAAUGAUGUCCAUCGUGGUACUAAUCAGCGUGCUGGCCGUAACUUUAUAUCAAGUAUACAUGUACAACGCGUACUGCAACGGUGAGACAACUUGUGAAGUUGUGCACGGCUCCAUCGUCGCACCGAUGCUCAACACCAUCUCCAUCAUGGUUUUGGGAAAGAUAUAUUCAUACGCUGCAAUCCAGCUGACAGAGUGGGAAAACCACAGAACGAGAAGUAUGUACAAUGACGCAUUAGUCAUCAAGCUUUUUGCCUUCCAAUUCACCAACACAUACGCAUCACUUUUCUACACUGCCUUCUUCAGGGAGGGUCGGUCGGGGCUGUUCGGACUGGGCGACCAGUUCAAAGACCGGUGCGGCCACCCGGGCAGGGACACGUGCAUGUCCCUGCUGUCCCUGCAAUUGCUCAUCCUGAUGAUCGUCAAGCCCUUCCCCAAGUUCUGCUACGACGUCAUCUGGCCGCUGAUGAAGAAGGUGCUCCGCAAGUGGGGCAUCAUGUACAGGGUGGCGGACGAGAAGGUCUCCGACCAGCACUUCCUGCUGCGCGAGCUGUACAAGCAAGACGAUCCCGAGUUCCGCAGGGAUGAGUUCGCCGAGAAGAUCAUCCAGUACGGAUACCUGAUGCUGUUCGCAGCUUCGUUCCCGCUGGCCCCACUCCUGGCGCUGCUGUACAACAUGUUCGAUCUUCGGAUAGACGGCAACCGGCUUCUCUGGCUCAACCGAAGGCCCGUGCCCUUCAGAGACGACGACAUUGGUAUGUGGUUCCAUCUGUUCGGCUUCAUCAAUGUGUGCGGCGUCGUCAGCAACGCGUUCCUCAUAGCAUUCACCUCCACCUUCGGAAGGAACCUCAAGAGCGACUACAGGCGGUUCAUCUUCGUCAUCGCAUUCGAGCACCUCGUGUUCGGAGUCAAGUUUAUCCUCACCCUCGCCAUUCCUGACACUCCUGCUGCUGUGAAAAACGCCAAAACAAAGGAGCGGCAGUUGCUGUCGCACAUGAUGGCCAAGGUGGCCACGCUACAGGACAGACUUCUCGGUGGCUCGGCAGCCACGACCUCCCAGACGGGCAGUGCAGCCGCCACGGCCAACGCCGUUGGCGAAGCCGCGGCCGGUGCCGCGCAGCCACUGCGACGCAAGCUGUCGCUGACGCGCGAGGAAUGACACGAGGACCGGGCAGCGCCACCGGUAUCGUCCACCGGGAGCUGCUGCGAGAGCACCUCGUUCAGGACCGUCGCGUGGAUCCCCUUCGCCACAGCCUCGCUCCAGAGGACCGCGUCUGUCAUCAAGCGGCACCGCCGAAGCACGGUCAUCUUCAUGGACGCUUGAACAGUACAAACACCUGGAGUGCCAGCACUCUGUCACGGGCACCCGAUUCCCCGGUUCGCGCGCUUACAACCUGUCGGGCUACAAGUAAUCGACUGGACAGAGUGUUUGUGGUGUAACACUGCUCGUAAGGGGCACUGGUAGACUAACGUGGAAGCACCGACUAGUUGGUUGUUCAUACUCGGGAGGGAACACUGCUAAGGACACGGACGAAGGUGAAGGCACAUGAAAAAGCCCAACAUGUCGUUUUUCUGCUGCCUUCACCUUUGUCCGUGUCCUUAGUGCCGUUGAAUAUGCAAAGCACUGGUGGAACUCGGGGUCGUUUCGUCACGAGGUAGUUUUUCCAGUGUUAAAACAACUGAAAAGUGCUUUUGAGGUUGAUUGGCCCUACUAUCACCAAACAUAGACCAUCUCUUACCACUAUUUCAGCCCAUGUUGGUAACUGAAAAGCUGAACUCCUGAGUGCAUGAACUUCCGACGUUUUCUUUUCAUUUCAUUUUAUUACCUUAAAAGCCCUAUAGGGGCAUUACAUAAGGGGUGGGCGUACAUAUAUUUAUUAUACAUCUGUUUAAGAAUAACAGAGCACCAGUUUUAAAUACAACACACGUGAAAAUUAGGUACAUAAUUCCAUCUAGUACACACAUAAAUAGCAUAUCCCGUACAUUUUUUCUUAUUCUGAAAAAUGGUCUGUUAGUUUUUGCAUGAAUGUAGGUGCACAGGUUAUGGUGGCAGUUUGAUGGGGCAGGUGUUCCAAUCUGCUGCUGCGCGAAAGAAAAAUGAGUCUGAAAAAGUAGUAGUAUGGUGCGAGCGCGGCCAACUUGGUAUGCGUGCCGAGUGCAAUGUGAUAUACAGGCAGCGGAAUAAUGUAUGGUGGUUGAUUAAGUGAAGUAUGAUAAAACUUUUGAAAAAGAACGAGAGUUGAGAUGCGAUGGCAAUCAGCGAGUCUCACCAAUCCGGAUUCUUUUUUCAAUGAUGACACGCUGACAUCAUAUGAAUACGUUGCUCAUAUUAUUUCAUAUCUAUUUUUGUUUUUUCAGUGACUUUCCUUACUUGGCUUCUCUGCACCUUAUCAGUUAACUAAAUUACAUGUUGCAUUUUCUACUUAGGUAGGAGCCUCGCAGCCACAAAUAAAAUGGAGUUAGGUUGUGGCUGCUAGCAUCUAACAUGCCACUGAAAAGAAAAGUGAUGGCAACUGUCUACUUCGUUCGAUCAAACAAACCAUUGUUACCUUUGUGCACUCGAAGUUAAGAACAAAAGAAAAAGUAAAAAGAAAAAGCUAGAAGAUGAACAUAGUGCAUUGAAAUCUCUCGUAGGGCAUUUGUGAGACACUAUUGUUUAAUAUAUGACCUCAGGAGACAGUAAGAAAUAACAUUAAAGGGACUCUGCAACACUUAUAAACAUGGACGAAGAUACUGAAGAGCUGGGAGCCAAACACUUUCUUCGAAACGCUGCCAGCCCUUUCCUUCAGCUUUUAAAAUCUUCCAACCACUUCGUUUCUUCACUUUUACACAAUAAGAACAUGUAAUAGAAAAGUUUUACGUAAUAGCAAGAAGCUUAGAUUAUGCUUCUGAAAUAGUACCAAUAUAGCUGCUCUUGGAGGGACCCUGCAAAACCUUUUAUGAAAAGUGUGCAAUGAGCCUGGCGUUAAAAGCACUCCUUCACGAAACUUUUCCAACAAAAUGUUUUUGCAUGCACCUCACAAUAGGGUAGUCUCACACACUCCUGGCUUUCCCCUCUAAAUUGCUCCUGAAGCUGUGGCACUGUGCCCAGGUGAAAUGAUGCUGCCGCACUCAUCCAUUCACAGUGUUACGCUUAUGUUUUGGCUUGACCUUGGUAACAUGUGGCACAUCCCUACGUUACUCCUCUCAAUCUUGGAGGCCAUUUAGUAUCGAUGCAGUGGUAUUACUCUUUGCCACGAUUUCCACUGCCUAUAAGUGAUAAGAAUUCAUCACUUUUGCUGAAAGCCCAGAUCAAAAGAAAUCCAGCCACUGGCCACCGUGUUAAAAUGUGUGAAGGGACAUGUGCAAAAUGCAGCAGGGUUUCAGGAAGCUGAAGGGAAAAGCUGGCAGUCUUUUGAACAGAACUGUACACUUCCAGUUUAAAGUAGAGGAAUAAUAUUUACCUCAGCUGUUUAUGAAGGUACUGUCUAGCAACUAAGCAGGUUACUUGCCACAUUCAAAAAUAGUUACAGGGCCCCUAUGAAAAAGUGGAAUAUUCAUAAAGUAGAAAUGAUGCAAACAAUUAAAUGACAUUAAUUCAAGAUUCCCACACCAGCAUCCUUACACCAUGAUACAUUUUGAAUUUUCGCAGCAUCUCCUGGGGCCUACGUAUUUGAAUAAAAAAAAAAUGUUUGAGAAAGCAAAUAUACUGGCAACUUUUCAGGGACUUUACUAUAAAAAUUAACUGAAUACUUCAAUAUUCAUUGAAAUUUGUGAGGUCACGCUGGCGCCAUAUUUGCCACGGUCAUACCACAAAGUUCAAGCUCAGAAUUUUCUUCAUUCACAGACAAUCCUCCAGAAGAAAAUGUAAAUAGAGUUUUUAAGAGUACACUCUGCUAGUCUACCUUAGGUGAUUUAGUGUUUUGCUUUGGUAGCCUUUAAAGAAUGUGUAACAACUUUCUGGUUAAGUGUUUGCAAAAGUACUUGAAGGCUGAACAGAGUGCUGUUAUACAUGACAAAUCACAUGAAAUGGUUCAGUGUGUGCAACUGCUCAUGCAAGAAAACGUCAGUUCCGUCCAAUGGUUGCAUGAGCUGCAAUCAUGCCUUUUUAGCAGUUGUAUGCACAAUCUACAAUUACAUUGACAAAAUGCUAAGGUGCAAGGAGAAUCUAGCUUGAGUACUUAUGGCAGGUUCUAUUCCCGAGUAUACAGUCAUAAGGUCAUUCAGUGCAUGUUGCUCUAGACAAGAAAUACAAUAUUGUACGCCUAAUGAUUUUCGUGCCAUUUUUGCGACUUGCCAACUACAACGGAAGCACAAUGUUGACAAAAGCUUUCACAAUAUCACGAUGGAUGGCAUACUCGUGUGUGCACAAUAGGAUUUCUGCCUACAUUUGGUGCAUUUCAAGGGGGUGACACACAAAAAUGCCUUCCUAUAUUCGCUCAAGAAGGCACCCCAGCUUGUACAAUGCUGUAGCCCUGUUCUAAGGCAACCAUCAUACUCACAGUGCUGCCUUAGGAGUUAAACCAUAAGUAUGACAUGAUGUGUUCAAUGAGCACUUGUUUUGUGUAAAUAGCCCAAAUGCCAACACUGCACAGUUCAACAUCAUCAUAUGAAAAACAGUUGCA